AAAACUGUACUUAAAGUUAAUUUUAUCAGAUUUUAUUUUUUAGUGACAAUCUUGGAAAUGAUUUAAAAAUAUUUUUAAUUAUGUUUGUCAAUUUCAUCGAUGACUUGAUCCAUUUGACAUAUCUCAAGGUUUUACGUGGAAAUUCCUUGCGUAGCUGUCAAUACAUCGAGGUCGUGACCUAGCUUGCGGUUUUGUUUUUACUAUUGAUAGAUAUUAAUAUUUAAAUAUUCUAAAAUGUCUACCCAAUCUACGAUACAAGUUUUAAUGAGAAAAGGCAAACGUGGUGCCGCCGCUUAUAUUCAUGCAGAUUGCAUAGGGGGUACUCCAACCUAUCUAGGUGCUUUACUUGAUGUUUUAUUAAAUCCGGCGAAACCUAUUGACGACUGGGAAGCUAUAAAUUGGUGCAAAUGGCUUAUGGCAGGAGGAAGGACACCAGAUGAAUUUGCUAGCAUCGUUCGAGGCUAUGAUAACCAUGCAAAAUGUGGCCUGGUAUGGAUACCACAUGUUGUUGCUUAUCGAUGUCGAACAUGUGGUAUAUCACCUUGCAUGUCUAUAUGUAGAGAAUGUUUUAAACGUGGAGAUCAUUCAACACAUGAUUUUAACAUGUUUCUUAGUCAAGCUGGUGGAGCUUGCGACUGUGGGGAUACAUCUGUUAUGAAAGAAGAUGGAUUUUGCAGUAACCAUGGUUUAAAUAACUGUGCCAAUAAAUCACCAGCACCAGCACAUCUAAUGUGUGUUGCAGAAGCUAUGAUGCCUAGAAUAAUACUAAGACUAUUGCAACAUUUUAGAGAAAAUAGCAUUUGCAGAUAUUCAGAUUCAUACAGAAUUGCAGUGCAAGAAUGUGACGCUUAUGUUGCUAUGCUAAUGGAGUUCAAUAACAUGGGGGAGCUUAUGAGAAGAGUUAUGACUAGAGCCCUAAUUAACCCACAGAUGUAUCGAAAUUUAAUGAAUCCCCCAUUUCCUGAAUCAGAGUAUGGUAGCUACAUGGCUGACAUCAAAGCAAAAUAUGAAGAAGCAUUGGAAGCAUUUCCAAGUCCUGAUCCUCCUGAUGAAUAUAAACAUCUGCCUGCAUUAGGUCAAAGCAUAGUUCACACAACAUUAUUAGAAGAAUUUAUCUUUUGGACUUUUAAAUUUGAAUUUCCACAAAAUAUUGUGUGCUUUUUGUUAAAUAUGUUACCUGAUCAGGAUUAUAAGGAACAUUUGACUAGAACAUUUGUGAUGCACUAUAGCAGAAUACCUCUUGUGUUAGAGCGCUCUAGUGAUCCAGACACAUUAAGCAACCGUGUUGUUCACAUGAGUGUUCAAUUAUUUUCAAAUGAAAGUCUGGCUUUAAAAAUGGUUCAAGAAUUAAGUCUUUUGCAUGUGAUGAUCAUAAGUCUCAAAUUAAUGAUGAGCAACAUACUAAUACAGAAUACUCUUCAUGAUCCUGACAAGAAUUAUCAUUAUGUUAUCGACUGUGCUAAACGAGUUAUGAAAGAACAUUGCUAUUGGCCUUUAGUAUCCGAUUUUAAUAAUGUUCUAUCACAUAAAUCUGUUGCAUUAGUUUUCUUGCGAGAUGAUGCUUUAAUUGAUAUGUGGUUCCAAUUUUUGUCCAUGUUACAGGGAAUGAAUGUGAAUGUUCGAGAAUUGGGAAGUCAUGUAGAGUUUGAACCCAGCUCAUAUUAUGCUGCAUUUUCUUGUGAAUUGGAAGCUAGUGCUUACCCUAUGUGGUCAGUAAUUUCACAUUUGACUGAUGGGACACAUGUUGAACUUGCCAAAAAAAUUAUACAUGUAUGCCAAAAUUACUUGCGAGAAUGGCUUGAUGCUGUUUAUUUCACAAGUGGAAAAAUGGACAAGUCAGAUACUAUGCAUGCUUCUUUCCACUUUCCAUUGCAUCGAUAUUUGGCUGCUUUUAUAAGUCAAGCUGUGCGUGUAAUGGGAGUUCCAUUAGUUGAAGUACUACCAGAUCAAGAAAUGUUGUCUUUAUUGAUGAUGCACCCACUACGUGUUCAGAUAAAUUCUGUUGUUACUUACAUAUUAUUUGAGGUGUUGGCCAAAACUUCUCGCAGAUUGAAAAAUCUAUCGGAUUUGUGCGAUUGCUCAUCGCAUAUGCACAAGCAAUAUGAACAGUGCCAAAACAACCAACGCCACCAGGAAUCCACCUAUAGAAUAGAAAAUUUUUAUAUUAGGCUUAAAGUUGACGAUCCAUGUAUUGACUAUACUAUUGAUACGUACCUUUGUUGUAUGAUUUGCGCAGGUGCCUACUCUACCUAG